CUCUCUCCCCCUGGGUGACGUCACGCGGCCCAAGACGGAGCGAGAAGGGGCGGGGCUAGCGCUUCCGUCACCAGACCGCGACGCACGUCGACGCGCGACGGAGUUCUCCUCAGGCAGGCGUGGAAGCGGCCGCUCGCCAUGGCGGGCUCUUUGCGGUGUCUCCGGAGGUUGCCUCUCCUGCACCGUGGCAACACUUUCUUGGGGGUCCCAUUGUCCUCGCUGCUGCAUGGAGUUCCCAAGGUUCUUCCGCCCUUCUCACCCCUCGAACAGACAAGAGUUCCGCUCGCCAUGGCGGGCUCUUUGCGGUGUCUCCGGAGGUUGCCUCUCCUGCUCCGUGGCAACACUUUCUUGGGGGUCCCGUUGUCCUCGCUGCUGCAUGGAGUUCCCAAGGUUCUUCCGCCCCCGCCACAAGCCAGGCAUCUCGCCACCAAGAAGGCCAAAGGGAAAGGCCAGGCCCGGGUGAGCAUCAACGCGGCCUUGGUGGAGGACAUCCUCAGCCUGGAAGAGGUCGGCGAGGACAUGCGCUCCGUGAUCCGGGCCCUGCAAGACGACUUCAGCAAGACCCUCAACAUCCGGACUUCGCCGGGGGCGCUGGACCACAUCGUGGUCUCCACCAAGGACGGGAAGUUCCCUCUGAACCAGCUGGGACAGGUCUCCCUCCAGUCCCCGCAGCUCAUCCUGGUCAACAUGAGCAACUUCCCGGAGAGCACAGCUGCGGCCCAGAAGGCCAUCCGGGAGAGCGGGAUGGGGCUCAGCCCUCAAGCAGACGGACCCCUCCUGCGCGUCCCCCUCCCCAAGGUGACCCGUGAGCACCGGGAGAGCCUGGCCGCGGUGGCCAAGCAGCUGACCAACAAGGCCAAGGAGUCCCUGCGGAAGGUCCGGUCUGCGGCCGUCAGCCGGGCCAAGAAGGCCAAAGGCUCCGUCUCCGAGGACACCGUCCGGCUGAUAGAGAAGCAGGUCCAGCAAAUGACGGACGAUGCCGUGGCCGAGAUGGACAAGCUGCUGGCCGCCAAGACGAAGGAGCUGCUGGGCUGAGGAUGGAGCCCCACAGGAACUGACCGUCUGGAACUGACCGGCUCCACUUGCACCGGCUUUGGACAGAGAUGCCAGGUAAAUAGGGGAGACAUUGGAGACAUGUGGGAGAAGUGUCACCUGGAAGACCCCCCAGGACCCUUUAAGGACAUCUGCAUUCUCUGGCCUGGCUUCGGGGAAGGAUCGGGGCCACAGCCGCACUCGCGACCGGCCUGGCAUUGGAAUAAAGGACACAAAGAGCCACAAAGAGUGUGUUGGGCCCCAUA